CUCUGCGGCGAUUGGUCGGGCUUCGCAGAAAGACGGCCAAUGGGCCUCGUGCGGGCGGAAGGCGCGGCGGCCAUGGCGGCGGCUGGCUCACGGUGAGGGCUUCGGGCUUCGGGCUUCGGGCUUCGGGCUUCGGGCUUCGGGCUUCGAGCUUCGAGCUUCGGGCUUCGGCUUUCGCGCUUCGCGCUUCGCGGCCUAGGCGGCCUCAUGGAGCGGGGCCUCGAGGAAAUUCCCACCUCUGAGAGGAUGGAGGAGGAAGAGGAGGAAGAUGAUGAUGAGGAGGAGGAAGAGGAGGAGGAGGAGGAGCUGGACCUCUUUGGAGGAUACGAUAGCUUCCGAAGUUACAACAGCAGCCUGGGCAGCGAGAGCAGCUCCUACUUGGAAGAGUCCAGUGACAACGAAAAUGACCUGCCCGAUCGGGAAGCCGGGGAGCUGCCCACGUCUCCCCUGCUGAUCCCCAGCCCCAACACCCCUCGGUCCCAGGACGGCAGUGGUUCUGAGCCAGCCGUCUGUGAGAUGUGCGGCAUCGUGGGCACGCGGGAGGCCUUCUUCUCCAAGACCAAGCGGUUCUGCAGCGUCUCCUGCUCCAGGAGCUACUCCUCCAACUCCAAGAAGGCCAGCAUCCUGGCCAGGCUGCAGGGGAAACCGCCCACCAAGAAGGCCAAGGUCCUCCACAAGGCGGCCUGGUCUGCCAAGAUUGGUGCCUUCCUGCACUCCCAGGGCACGGGGCAGCUUGCGGACGGGACCCCGACGGGGCAGGACGCUUUGGUCCUGGGCUUUGACUGGGGGAAGUUCCUGAAGGAGCACAAUUACAAGGCGGCCCCUGUCAGCUGCUUCAAGCAUGUUCCGCUGUUCGAUCAGUGGGAUGAUGUGGUGAAAGGGAUGAAGGUGGAGGUCCUGAACAACGACGCCGUGCUCCCGAGCCGCGUCUACUGGAUCGCCUCGGUCAUCCAGACGGCAGGCUACCGGGUGCUCCUUCGGUACGAAGGCUUUGAGAACGACUCCAGCCACGACUUCUGGUGUAACCUGGGCACCGUGGACGUGCACCCCAUCGGCUGGUGCGCCAUCAACAGCAAAAUCCUGGUGCCCCCCCAGACCAUUCACGCCAAGUACACCGACUGGAGGAGCUACCUCAUGAAGCGGCUGGUGGGAGCCAGGACCCUCCCGGUGGAUUUCCACAUCAAGAUGGCGGAGAGCAUGAAGUACCCGUUCCGCCAGGGCAUGCGCGUGGAGGUGGUGGACAAGACCCACGUGUCCCGGACGCGCAUGGCCGUGGUGGACACGGUGAUCGGGGGCCGCCUGCGGCUGCUCUACGAGGAUGGCGACGGCGACGACGACUUCUGGUGCCACAUGUGGAGCCCCCUCAUCCACCCCGUGGGCUGGUCCCGCCGCGUCGGCCACAGCAUCAAGAAACCAGGUGUGGGCAGAACAGAGAGACGGGGGGAGCUGAGCAACCACCCGACCUUUCGGAAGAUCUACUGUGACGCCGUUUCCUACCUCUUCAAGAAGGUGCGGGCGGUCUACACCGAAGGCGGCUGGUUUGAGGAAGGGAUGAAGCUGGAGGCCAUCGACCCGCUGAACCUGGGCAACAUCUGCGUGGCCACCGUCUGCAAGGUCCUCCUGGACGGCUACCUCAUGAUCUGCAUCGACGGCUCCCCCUCCGCGGACGACUCGGACUGGUUCUGUUACCACGCCUCCUCUCACGCCAUCUUCCCGGCCACCUUCUGCCAGAAGAACGCCAUUGACCUCACGCCCCCCAAAGGCUACGACCCCAAGACCUUUGACUGGGCCUCGUACCUCAAGGAGACCAACUCCAAGGCUGCUCCCGCCCGGCUCUUCAACAUGGACUGCCCCAACCACGGCUUCAGGGUGGGCAUGAAGCUGGAGGCGGUGGACCUGAUGGAGCCGCGCCUCAUCUGCGUGGCCACGGUGAAGCGGGUGGUGCAGCGGCUGCUCAGCAUCCACUUUGAUGGCUGGGACAGCGAGUAUGACCAGUGGGUGGAUUGUGAGUCCCCCGACAUCUAUGCCGUGGGCUGGUGCGAGCUGAUCGGCUACCAGCUCCAGCCCCCGGUGGCUGCAGGUCUGUCCCCUUGGCGCCGCCACACAGGCUUCUCUUCCAGGGUGGGCCGCGAGGAGUCCACAGCUCCCCAGCAGAGCAAGGAAGUCAUGAGGAAGAAGAAGAAGCCAUUUGGGAAGAAGAGGAAAAGGAUCACAACCAAGACACGUCCGCCGGCCAAGAAGAGCCAGCACUGACCAAGCCCUGGGUCCACAGGAGGCCCCCGAGACUGGAGCCAAGCCCCUCUCUUCACGGGGAGGCUGAGCACCUCCUUGGGUGGGCAGGGGGCCCUCCUAUGUCCCCAUGGUGCAAAAUUGUGAAGCCGAUGGUCCUGCAGGGCGACUCCCCUCCCAGCCGGGGGUCCGAGGGCCUCUCUGGCCUUGUCCUCUGUGAGGGAAGCCGGAAGAGGAAGAGAAGGGACCACGGCAGAACUCCUGAGGACCCACUUCCCCGACGCCUUCUCCUCUGCGAGCGUCUCCUGAAGCUCCAGGCCGGGGCCCUCGCUCGGAGAGGACGCUCUGGCCCCGAGGCCCUGCAUGGAAGCCGCCGUCUCCCCAACUCUCAGCGUCUGGGCUUGAACCCCCGACCUUGAAUCAGAACGGACACUCCUUCCCCUUAGACACAUUCUUCCAGAAAGGAGAAAAAGCCUCUUUUUCUUGAACAAAUCAUGCUCCUUGCCCAGGGAUGUGAAGCCUGGGCCGGCCUGUCCCCCGCUCCCCUGAAUCCCCGCCUCCUUCCAGCCUGGCCAGCCUUGAGCGGGACUGUCUGACUGACUCUUGAUCCUACUGGGAACUUCUGGGAGGCCCCCGGGCCUGACUUCAGGCUCCCCUUCUCCUCAGUGAGGUGCCUUCUCUGGGCCCCACACCUGGAGGGAGGGGCUGGGGGCCGGGAGGCUGUCUCAGGGUGUGCUUUGUAGGAGGAGGGGGCUGGGGGGUCCUUCCCUCCCCACCCCCCAGCCGUCCUCCUGGGUGCUUUAGAGCUGCAGCAGGGCGGGCAGGAACCUUCACUCACCUGUCCGCCGUGGCCAACGGGCAUUGGUGGAGACCUUCAGUGCAAGACCCAAAGCAGACCCGGGAUAACCACGUAGAGUAUUUGACACGAGGUCCUGGGGAAAGGAGGUUGGAGUCGCUUUGGGGAAGGAGCCCCGGAGAGUAGGUUUAAAGUGCAGAGGUAGAUGAGGCAGCCCCACAGUUAGCUCAGUCUCUGAGUGGCCUUAGGGCAGACCCCGCCGAGCAGGGGGCCGCCCCCUGACAGGGAUGCCCAGAGACGAUCCUCCAGGCUCAGCGAGAAGGGUCAGUAACUUGCCUUUCUUUCGCACUUUAAGGCUGACGAAGCACUUUCCCCAGAAACGCCCCUGUGAGGUAGGUGCUGUGUGGUGUUCCCCAUUUUACAGAUGAAUGAGACAAGGCCCUAGGAGGUACCCCCAGAAGCAGGAAAGGUAGAGAUUGUGGUUCUGGCCUGGCAGUGCCCCCCUGAGCAGCCGCAGGAGUCCCCUUCUCCCUCAGACACAGCAGUGUCCUGGAGCUGCCCCAUGGCCAUCCAUGCAAUGGGUAGGAAGUGAUUCCAGUUGGCCCUUAGAGUCCUCAGGGAAGGGCUCCCCCCCCCCCCCAACGGUCAGAGUUUCUGCUGGGACUCAGUGCCAGCGGCCAGGCCUCUGUACAGCCACGGGGACACCAGAAAAGUGGCCGCUAGCGGGAGACACCCAGGCCUUCUAAAUAGAACCUGGAAAGGCUCCUCAUCGAGAGCGAGGGAAUCCUCUUGAACCUCAUCAUUAGAAGGGACUGUCUGCCCACAGUCACAUUUUAGGGAAGAGACAGACCCAGUUUCGGUUGUUACAAGGUCACCCUCAGAACUCUUGAUCCAAGCGGAGGCCUUCCUCCUCAAGCCCUCCUGUGUGGGGAAUUUGCUCCUUCUGUGCAGUCCGAAGUGCUUUGAGAAGCCUGUGGGACCCGGAGAAGCAGAAGGAUGGGAACCCCUUUGUCGUGGCUGCCCAUCAGGCAUCAGGCGGCCUGACCAGGCCCCAGCCGGCCCGCUGACCUUGGCCUCUGUCCAAUGAGGUGUCUGAACGUGGUCGGAGCAGCCCAAAGUCCCCCCGACGUCCCGGGAGUGCACCCUCUCAGCCUAACUCGGACCUCGUGGCCUGUCCCCCACAGCUGCCGGGAUCAGCGUUCAGUCCUUCCUUUUAGUCUCGAUUCUCUCUUGUUAGUGGUAGGCUGGGACCCGGAUCUUUGGGGAUCCUGGUCAUCCGCCGUCCACCACAGUAUUUCUGUCUCAGGUUCCUCGGAAAAGCUUAGCAUCUUGAAUGAAUUGUUAGUGAUUAAAAGCAAAAUGGUUUUUAAGAAUGUCAAGUUGUUGAGGGCUGGUAACAUUGGGAAAGGUAGCAGUGUCCUAAGCUUUGAAGCCGGCGUCCCCCAAAGUAGGAGCUGAGUCUGGGAUAGGAUGUCAGAGCCGACCCUCGGCACGGACGGCAGAUGAGCUGCCCCACGGACCCGCUCUACCUCUUUGGUGUCCAUUUUCUUCCCACUAACGGUCUCUGAUUGCCAUAGAGCUUAGAGGCUGGCACAUCAUUUCCUCAGAAGGUCUCUAAGGUUGGGAGCACAUGUGAUUUCCUGUCUAAUAAGAGGCCCAGAAUUGCCCACAAUGCCAGGGCAGGAUUCAAACCCAGGCCUCAGAGAACUGGGCCGGUUGCUUUCUGAUUGCUUUGCCUCUGAGACAGGGCUUUCACCUGAUCUCUGUUCUACCUUCUUAGUCUUUCAGGGUCAAUCUAGUGACCCUCUGCUAGCAGCCCCCUUUCACUCCCUACUGGUUUAAAAAGGUCUCGCUUUCCUAUCUAGACAUAUUGCAAUUCCCUAUUUUUGCUCCUGUUCUCAUUUGCAGGUAGUAUGCUCUUAAAUGAUUGUCCGGGGCUGGCUCAGAUGACCCCAAGGUCCCUCUCUGGAGAUCUGGAUUGGUGUGAACCCUAAUGCUCCAACUUCCCCCCAUUUGCCAACAAAGCUGCGCAUGAGGGCGAGCCGGGCGCCAAAGUCAGACCUUUUUCCUGGAUCUUGGGAAAAAGAAAUCUUAAGUCAUCGAAAAAGGCCUAAUUUAAUCCUAGUAAAUAAUCAGCACGUUAAAAAAAAUAUGAAUCUCCCCUCAUGGGGAAUGGACCCUUACGACCCCCUAAAAAAAAGUUAAUUCUGCCUGUUUUGUUCAAGUAAUAAAGUUCAUUCUCAGUCUCAGAUGAAGCCAGUAGGAGGUGCCCAGGACUGUGCUAGAGUCAGCUCCAACCUGCUUUGCUUUUUAAUUUUUAGUGUGAGCAUUGAAACUUCAGCCACAAAAUCAGAACUUGACUUACCCUUUGGCUGAUUAUCUUAGGCUGGUGAAAAUGAUGGAGAAAAUGUUUAAAACAAGCGCAAUCUUCAAAGUCUGUUUUAUAUCCUUUUUGUUGUGGAGCUAGCUCUCUGUUAAACAUUUACCAGCACACCCUGGAGGGAUGAAGGGAAGAAAGAGGACAUCGGGAAGCAUUUGGAACUGGCCCAGACUCCUUCAGGAGGCUUCUGAUGGACACCGUGUAGUUAAGGACUCAAAAAAAAAUUAUUUUUUUUUAAAAUAUUAGCUCCUUUACUAAUGAAAUUCAUACAGAAUUGUACAUAAUAUAGAAAUCUUGGUCGUACUCCAUGAAAGAGCACAGCCAAACUAAUUUCUUACAUUUUAAAGAUUUAAAACAAUUCUCCCACUUUUUCUGGACCCUAAGAUAAAUGCAUGCUGAUUUCAUCCCCAUAGAAAACUUACAAAGGCAGUCUAAAUGUGCCUUUAUUAUCCUUAAUGUAGAUUAUAACAUAGAUCUGAAUCUGAAAGUCUUCUCCGAGUGCUUGAUCUCACUGGCCAUCCGGUUGGUGAAACCCAUGGAGUCCUCAGAAUCAUGUUUGAAAAUGCAUAAAGUAGGAUUGCAAAGGAAAUUAAUUCUCUUGAAGUUAUCAAAAUGUUUGCCGAAACAAGUUUUAUGAAUCUUACAUUCAAAAUGUAGGGAAAAUCUUAAGGCUGAUUUGGAAAUAGAAAAUCUUUUCUGUGUGAAAAGAUAGUAUUUGACUCUAGGAAAAAGAUAUUUAUUUGAUAUGUAUGGUUCCCUCAGCUAAUUCUUCCCUUUCUGCCCACUCUCCGACUCCCACUCAUCCCGGGCGAUGUCUACCCUAAAUAGUCCAGAUUUACUAACAGUAAGAAUCUUAACUUAGGGCCCUACCAGUUCCCAAACAGGAUCCUCGCUUCAAGUGCCUGAUUCCCAAGUCCUUUCAUUGACUCAACUGGAUUCCCUGGAGAUUUCUCCUUCCUGUUUUUCUUUUAAAUUAAAAUUUCUCAUUCUCUUAUAUUUGGGGACAAAAGAAGCCAGAGAGGAUAUCAUGACAAGCUCAUAUGCUUCUGCUGCAAAACACCCUUAUCAAAUAAGAAAAAUCUUCCCCUCUCCCAAAUCCAAACUAUAGUCUGCGAGAGGCCUGUAGGAAAAAGUGGAAAGUGAAUGCAAGCAGUUGAGUUCUUCCUAGCUGGCUCUCUUCUAGACUGCCAGAAGUCCUCCGAUCCUUUUUGAGGAUUUGGGGAUUGCUUUUUGAGAUGCGACUGGCUGUCCUUCAGACUCGGCCGCUUUGUGAUUCCAACUGGGAACUUGUUUACAACUCUAAAGGAGUUAGACUGCCUUUACAUUGGCCAAAGUCUUAUUGCCUCUUUUUCUUUCUUUUUUUUUUUUUUUUUUUUUGGCCCAUCAUGGGUCCACCAAUUCAUAGUAGGUAUAUGCUUUUUACAAAACCUACGGAGUAAUGGGGAAAUAAAAAAUUCAGGGAGUAGACCAUUUCCUUCCACUAUAAACGUGAGCUUCCUUGAUGUAAGCUUCUCAAGGGCUGGAACUGUUCCAUUUCCAAGCUUGUGUACCCAGCACAUAGAUGGUUAAUAAAUUGUUACUAUUGAUAAAUGAAUUGCUCAAAAGUUA